AUGUGUCUAGACUACACGUCUGCGGACCCGUUACCCGUCUGGCUUGGCUCGGUCCGGUCGGAUGGCGAAGCGAUGGUGAUGGCGGUGAUGACACUCAAUGCUGUGCUCGGAUUCGAAACGUUUCGCCGUCUCUCGUCUUGCUGUCUGCCACCGUCCAACUGCCAUUCGGCGCUCUGCCGAUAUGUUGUUUUGUCUCAGCAUGGCUAAAGAGUGAGAGAGCGAGGAGAGAGAGAAGCCCUGGUAAACACAUCACUAGCUGAACUGAACACUGUCAGUUGAAAUGGAAAAGGAAACUCAGCUAUGAGGUAAAGACAACACUGAAAACAGGGUGUCUGGAGAGAGAGAGAGAGAGAGAGAGAGUAAGAGAGAGAGAAAGGCAAUGGUCAUCAAAAUUGUUAAAAGGUUUGAAAAACAAUUCUAAUAAAUGCAACAGUUGGACAAUGGAUACUCCAAACUUUCGAUUUUUUUUAAUCCAUCAAAUAUUGACUGAAUUAUAGCACAUAUAACAUUUUACUGGCACGGACAGGGAUUUUGGUGUGAAUUCAGGUAUUCAAUUUAUUGUCCAUUUUCACUUUUCUUUUCUUAGAAUGCACAAUUUUUUUUAUGAUAUCAGGUAUUUUUUAAAUACUUUGUGUUAAAAUAAAGACAAUUAUAGGUGCCUCAUUUGCAUAAAUACACUGGGUGUAUUUGCAAAUAUGAAUAGAUUAACAAAGUCUAAUACUUGCUCUGUUUAGGCCAACCUGCACUCACCUGCGCUGUCUAGACUUAGCCUGCAUCAUUAAUUACUGUUGUUGUCAUGUUCUGUUGCAUAAUUCAACAAGUGUGUCAAUAGCAGGAUAACCUUUUGAAUAGAAAUCAACAUGCUUGGCUCUGAUUACACCUAUCUAUACAUACUUUACAUUGUUUGCGAGAUCAGACAUAAUAUCACUAUAAUCUGAGUGUUCAUUUUCGGAAGUUCCUUUCAUUUCAGCGCAUCUAAUUUGUAAACAUUUCAACUGUAUUAAAUUAUGACUCAAUUCCACAAAAAAUGAACACCCAUUAAAAUAAAGUAAUAUUUAUGAUCUUUCUUGUGAUAUAAGUGUCGAGAUGAUGCGUUAAAUCCCUGACGAAGCGUUGUUAUAGAUGCAAUGGAAAGACUAUGUAUUCCAUUGAGCCCAUUUCAGCCUUUACCGGGGUGUGUUUGACAGGUCAUUACAAACAUUUCCGCAGUCGUAACGUUAACGGGAAAAAAUCGACAGGCACAAGCAAGAGUAUGAAAGAGUCGCAGGAGUAAAAUGAAAGCAAUCAAUUCAGCGAGAUUUAAGUUACAAGUGGAUUUUGCACCCCUCAAACACAGGAAAUAGAUGGCUGAAAAAGACAGAUCCUCAGGUUGGCGGGGCAUGCGUGUUGCUACAGAGAGGGAGAGAGAGUGUCUGGAUGAAUGCCUGCUGCUGCUGCGUAAAGGGCUAAGGGCUAGCUACCUUCUGGGGGAUUACAUUUUUACAUUUACAUUUUAGUCAUUUAGCAGACGCUCUUAUCCAGAGCGACUUACAGUUAGUGAGUGCAUACAUUAUUAUUAUUUAUAUAUUUUUUCAUACUGGCCCCCCGUGGGAAUCGAACCCACAAUCACCUCUCUCUCAGUCAGGGGCUAGUCCAGACAGACAGGGGCCCAAGAUGGAUGUCUAUUCCAUGAAAGAUUUGGACUGAAAAUGGCUAGCUGUACUGUACAGCCUGUGCUAUGGCAUUCAUGUCAACCAGUGAUGAGAUUCACCUCAGUGUGGUAGAUUGAAGUGGGGUUGAGGUUGGAAACCGUAUCAUGUUAGAAGAGAUGGUUGACCAGAAAAUGUUUGUUGGAUGUUGAUGAUGGAAUUUCUUUUUAGUGGUACACGUGUAACAUCAUAUAAUACUUCAUCUAUCUAUUUUUUUUUAAAUUACUGUGUGUGUGUGUGUGUGUGUGUGUGUGUGUGUAACACAGGGAGCCACAAUAAAAUGUGAUGAGCACACAGGAGCCAUCCUUGUUGCCAGGAUCAUGAGAGGUGGAGCAGCAGACAGAAGUGGUACGUUUUCUCUCUUCUUCUUUGUCUCUCUUUCUCUCAACUCUCGCUCCCUGUCUCUCCACCCACCCUCUCUCUCUCUCUCUCUCUCUCUCUCUCUCUCUCUCUCUCUCUCUCUCUCUCUCUCUCUCUCUCUCUCUCUCUCAAUUCAAUUCAAUUCAAUUCAAUUUAAGGGCUUUAUUGGCAUGGGAAACGUGUGUUAACAUUGCCAAAGCAAGUGAAGUAGAUAGUAAACAAAAGUGAAAUAAACAAUAAAUAUUAACAGUAAACAUUACACUCAGAAGUUUCAAAAGAAUAAAGACAUUUCAAAUGUCAUAUUAUGUGUAUAUAUACAGUGUUGUAACAAUGUGCAAAUAGUUAAAGUACAAUUGGGAAAAUAAAUAAACAUAAAUAUGGGUUGUAUUUACAAUGGUGUUUGUUCUUCACUGGUUGCCCUUUUCUUGUGGCAACAGGUCACAAAUCUUGCAGCUGUGAUGGCACACUGUGGUUUUUCACCCAGUAGAUAAGGGAGUUUAUCAAAAUUGGGUUUGUUUUCGAAUUCUUUGUGGAUCGCUGUAAUCUGAGGGAAAUAUGUGUCUCUAAUAUGGUCAUACAUUUGGCAGGAGGUUAGGAAGUGCAGCUCAGUUUCCACCUCAUUUUGUGGGCAGUGUGCACAUAGCCUGUCUUCUCUUGAGAGCCAGGUCUGCCUACGGCGGCCUUUCUCAAUAGCAAGGCUAUGCUCACUGAGUCUGUACAUAGUCAAAGCUUUCCUUAAGUUUGGGUCAGUCACAGUGGUCAGGUAUUCUGCCACUGUGUACUCUCUGUUUAGGGCCAAAUAGCAUUCUAGUUUGCUCUGUUUAUUUGUUUGUUCUUUCCAAUGUGUCAAGUAAUUCUCUUUUUGUCUUCUCAUGAUUUGGUUGGGUCUAAUUGUGUUGUUGUUGUUGUUGUCUCUCUCUCUCUCUCUCUCUCUCUCUCUCUCUCUCUCUCUCUCUCUCUCUCUCUCUCUGUUGUGCCCCCUGUAGUCAGUGUGUAAUGUAAAGUGUAUUCAUGCCCUGUAGGGAUCUCACAGUGUGAAAUUGAUAUGUAGGGGUGAUUUGCCAAGCCAAAUAAUCACUAAUACCACCAUGAAGGAGAGCCACACACUGCUGGAGAUCAGAGAACAACCCCCCGAGCUGUGUGUGCGACUAAAGCAAUACAACCUCACACAUACAUUAUACUCAGUUUAAUUCUUAUGUAUUGUUUAGCCUGGUAUUAACUUCAAAAGGAUUUACAUUAGGUACGCCAGUAUUUGCUAGUGUGUAUAGCUGUGUAUGUAUGCACAGAAGUGAAAUAAACAGUCAAAAUGAACAGUAAACAUUACACUCACAAACAUUUCAGAGGAAUAUUAUGGCUAUGUACAGUGUUAUAACAAUGUGCAAAUAGUUACAAAAGGGAAAAUAACUAAACAUAAAUAUGGGUCUCUCUCUCACUCUCCCCUGUCUUGUCCCUAUUCCAGGUCUGAUCCAUGUAGGGGACGAGCUGAGGGAAGUGAACGGGAUUCCUGUGGAUGACAAGAAGCCUGAUGAAAUCCUCCGCAUUCUGGUGUGUGUGUUAUCAUUGACCUGCUGUUGAUAGUUGUGUUUUGGCCCCAUGGCUAUAUAAAUGUACAGCCUUGUUUGUAGUGGCAGGACUCUCUCCUCCUAACUCAUCCUCACUGAUUCCUCUAUGUGUUAAUGGCUAGGAUAAACUCUGGCCACCGCUUCUGUACCAGCAGGCCCAGGAGCAGGCCUCUGUUUGGGACAUGUUGGGCCACAUACUCCCCCUGGAAGAGACAGGCAGGGAGGGGGUUCCUGUAGGGGUCUUUGUAGUCCCUCUAAACACACACAGACACACACACACACACACUGCCACAGUCCUCAGAUCAGCUCUGGGGAUAUGGAGCUGGAGAGGAAAGAGAAAGAUCGUUUGGAACUGGUAGACUGUUAAAAGCAGUGGCUUCAGGAAUCAGGACCAGAAUCCUCUUGGCUCUCCUCUUCCCUCUGUUCCACUCUCAACAGUCAUCCUAUCCUCUAUUGUUGAAAAAUAAAACAGCUCUUCAUAUUAAAGCUCUCUCAUUGGAUUAGGCUAGUUGGGUUUUGAGUUAUUUGCAAUGAAACUGGAGUCUUUAUUUUCUCUCUCUCUCUCUCUCUCUCUCUCUCUCUCUCUCUCUCUCUCUCUCUCUCUCUCUCUCUCUCUCUCUCUCGCACUCUCUCUCUAUCUCUCGCUCUCUGUUUCUUUCUCUGUCUUUCUCUUUCUCCCUCUCCCUCUCUCUCUUUCUCUCUCUCUAUCUGUCUAUCUCCUGUCUGUGUUUCAGUCCCAGUCCCAAGGGGCCAUUACGUUUAAAAUAAUACCAGGCAUCAAAGAUGAGGCGCCGAGCAAGGAGCCCAAGGUAAGGUCCUACUGCUAUCCUGCCGUACUCAUUAUGCUGAUUGGGUUACACAUGGGCUGAGUCCAAAAUGGCAUCCUAUUCUCUAUUAGUGCACUACUUUUGACCAGGGCACAUAGGGCUCUGGUCAAAAGUAGUUCAAUAUUUAGGAAAUAGGGUGCCUUGAUUUUGAACAGGGCCUACAGUGCAUUCGGAAAGUAUUCAGACCCCUUGACUUUUUCCUCAUUUUGUUACGUUACAGCCUUAUUCUUAAAUUGAUUACAUUUUUUUUUGUUUUUUAUCAGUCUACACGCAAUACCCCUUAAUGACCAAGCAAAAACAGGUUUUUAGAGAAUUUGGUUAAUUUCACAUAAGUAUUCAGACCCUUUACUCAGUAUUUUGUUGAAGCACCUUUGUCAGCGAUUACAGCCUCAAGUCUUCUUGGGUAUGACACUACAAGCAUGGCACACCUGUAUUUGGGGAGUUUCUCCCAUUCUUCUCUGCAGAUCAUCUCCAACUUUGUCAGGUUGGAUGGGAAGUGUCGCUGCACAGCUAUUUUCAGGUCUCUCCAGAGAUGUUCGAUCGGGUUGAAGUCUGGGCUCUGGCUGGGCCACUCAAGGACAUUCAGAGACUUGUCCCAAAGCCACUCCUGUGUUGUCUUGGCUGUGUGCUUAGGGUCGUUGUCCUGUUGGAAGGUGAACCUUCGCCCCAGUCUGAGGUCCUGAGUGCUCAUCAAGGAUCUCUCUGUACUUUGCUCCGUUCAUCUUUCCCUCAAUCCUGACUAGUCUCCCAGUCCCUGCUUCUGAAAAACAUCCCCACAGCAUGAUCCUGCCACCACCAUGCUUCACCACCAUGUGCCAGGUUUCCUCCAGAUGUGACGCUUGGCAUUCAGGCCAAAGAGUUCAAUCUUGGUUUCAUCAGGUCUGAGAGUCCUUUAGGUGCUGUUUGGCAAACUUCAAGCUGGCUGUCAUGUGCCUUUUACUGAGGAGUGGCUUCCGUCUGGCCACUAACCAUAAAGGCCUUCCUUCUGGAAGGUUCUGCCAUCUCCACAGAGGAACUCUGGAGCUCUGUCAGUGACUAUCAGGUUCUUGGCCACCUCCCUGACCAAGGCCCUUCUCCCCCGAUUGCUCAGUUUGGCCGGGUGGCCAGCUCUAGGAAGAGUCUUGGUGGUUCCAAACUUAUUCCAUUUAAGAAUGAUGGAGGCCACUGUGUUCUUGGGGACCUUCAAUGUUGCAGACAUUUUUUGGUACCCUUCCCCAGAUCUGUGCCUUGACACAAUCCUGUCUCGGAGCUCUACGGACAAUUCCUUCGACCUCAUUGCUUGGUUUUUGCUCUGACAUGCACUGUCAAUGUCACGCCCUGACUCAUGGGACUCUUGUAUGUUGAAUCAGGGUGUGGAUAUUCUAUGUUGUAUUUUCUAUGUUUGUGAUCUAUGUUUUGUAGUUAUAUGUUUGGCCGGGUGUGAUUCCCAAUCAGAGGCAGCUGUCGCUCGUUGUCUCUGAUUGGGGAUCAUACUUAGGCAGCCUAUUGGCAAUUAUGGGUUGUGGGAUCUUGUUCCGUGUAGAGGCUUGUAUUGUGUUUAGCCUGAGGACUUCACGUUACGUUGUUUUGUUGUUUUUUGUUCGUGUGUUUAUCUUUAUAAUAAACAUGUAUGCAUUUCACGCUGCACCUUGGUCUGACCCAUCCUUAAACGCACGUGACAGAAGAUCCCACCAAACACGGACCAAGCAGCGUGCCCAGGAGCAGACAGCCUGGACAUGGGAGGAGAUCCUGGACGGAAAGGGAUCCUGGACAUGGGAGGAGAUUCAGGCUGGGAUGGAUCGCCGUCCUUGGGAGGAGACAGUGGAGGCCCGGUUUAGAGAGGAGCAACGACAACGUAGAAGGAGCCGGCCGAGGAAGAAGCCCGAGAGACAGCCCCAAUAUUUUUUUUUGGGGGGGGUAAAAGCGUGGUCGGGGAUCGAUGGAGAAGAGCCCCGACCACUGCACUCGUGGGGGCUCAGGGAGGAGUCUUCACGGGAGGAGGAGGACUGGGCGCGGAGAGUGAAAGACUGGUACAGUCGGAGAUCUCUAACGUCAGUUCCCAGUCCGGUACACCUCGUGCCUGCGUCUCGCACCAGACCAGUGGUGCGUGUUCCCAGUCCGGCCCGUUCCUGCUCCUCGCACCAGGCCAGGGGUGCGUGUUCCCAGUCCGGUCCGGCCCGUGCCUGCUCCCCGCACCAAGCCAGUGGUGCGUGUUCCCAGUCCGGCCCGGCCCAUUCCUGCUCCCUGCACCAGGCCAGUGGUGCGUGUUCCCAGUCCGGCCCGGCCCGUUCCUUCUCCUCGCACCAGGCCAGGGGUGCGUGUUCCCAGUCCGGUCCGGCCCGUGCCUACUCCCCGCACCAAGCCAGUGGUGCGUGUUCCCAGUCCGGCCCGGCCCGUUCCUGUUCCUCGCACCAAGCCAGUGGUGCGUGUGUCCAGUCCGGCACGGCCCGUGCUCGUUCCACCGGUGCCUGAUCCGGCACCGGUCAGCUGCUCCACUCCGGAGCCAGAGCAGUCCGCUCCACCGGGGUCCAGUCCAGCUCCGGUCAGCUGCUCCACUCCGGAGCCAGAGCAGUCCGCUCCACCGGUGCCCAGUCCAGCUCUGGUCAGCGGAUCCACUCCAGAACCAGAGCAGUCCGCUCCACCGGUGCCCGGUCCAGCUCCGGUCAGCGGCUCCAGUCCAGACCCAGACGUCAGCCCCUCUCCAGGUUCGGGGUCUCCCACAUCAGGGUCCAGACAGGGCUUGGUAAAUCGUGGGAGGAAGGAGAGGUGAAGCAGCGCGCCGAGGUCCAGACCAGAUCAGGGGCGUAACGGGGAGGCUGAGAGAAUGUGGUCGUCACGCCCACCCGGACCCUUCCCUGUCAUUUCAGGUUGGUGCGGUCAGAGUCCGCACCUUUUGGGGGGGGGGGGGGGGGUACUGUCACGCCCUGACUCAUGGGACUCUUGUAUGUUGAGUCAGGGUGUGGAUAUUCUAUGUUGUAUUUUCUAUGUUUGUGAUCUAGGUUUUGUAGUUCUAUGUUUGGCCGGGUGUGAUUCCCAAUCAGAGGCAGCUGUCGCUCGUUGUCUCUGAUUGGGGAUCAUACUAUUGGCAAUUAUGGGUUGUGGGAUCUUUUUCCGUGUAGAGGCUUUUAUUGUGUUUAGCCUGAGGACGUUACGUUGUUUUUGUUCGUGUGUUUAUCUUUAUAAUAAACAUGUAUGCAUUUCACGCUGCGCCUUGGUCUGACCCGUCCUUAAACGCACGUGACAGUCAACUGUGGGAUCUUAUAUAGACAGGUGUGUGCCUUUCCAAAUCAUGUCCAAUCAAUUGAAUUUACCACAGGUGGACUCCAAUCAAGUUGUAGAAACAUCUCAAGGAUGAUCAAUGGAAACAGGAUGCACCUGAGCUCAAUUUUGAGUCUCAUAGUAAAGGGUCUGAAUACUUAUGUAAAUAAGGUAUUUAUGUUUUUUAUUUUUAAUACAUUUGCAAAAGAUUCUACAACCUCUUUUCACUUAGUCAUUAUGGGUUAUUGUGUGUAGAUUGAUGAGGAUUUUAUUUGAUCAAUUUUUGAAUAAGGCUGUAACGUAACAAAAUGUUGAAAAAGGGAAGGGGUCUGAAUACUUUCCGAAUGCACUGUAUAUGGCUCUGGUUAAAAGUAGUGCUCUAUAUAGGGAAUUUGGUGCCAUUUCAGACAUAGCCAAAACCUUUUGUGAGUGGGUUGAGAGGUCCUCUCUAGCUGCUUACUGCCUCUAGUGCUGGAGUCUUAGUCUGCAUCCCAAAUGAUACCUUAGUCCAUAUAUAGUGCCCUACUUUUGACCAGGGCCCAUGAGGCACCAUAUAGGGAAUACGGUGCCUUUUGAGACGCAUACAUUUGUAGUCAAAUAUAUUGACACAGUUGCACGAUUCACUAUUUAUUCUAAAAUACAUAUUUAUUUUUUUAUAUGACUGGGUGUUCACACUUGUAUUCGUUUGAUUUACAACUGCACAGGACCAAUAACCAAAAAAAAGAUUGUCCUGGACUAAAUUAUUCCAAAUUCAAAUUAAUUUGGUUCUAGACAAGUGAUUCUCGUUUAUGUGUAAUUUAUCUCACCUGUGGUAAGUUGCAGGUACCUCUGAAAAUUAAGGAAUCCAAAUUCUAAAACAACAAAUGUAAGUCAUAUUUUACAUUGCUGGACACAGAUAUCAAUUAAGCAACCAUCAACUAAUUGAUUCAGAAAAACUUAUGUUGAACUGAUCCGUAGAAUGUGAUAUGGUUUCCUGUGUCUGAGUUUCUGUUGUGGCUGUAGGUGUAUGUGUACUGUAAAUGUAGUUGCUCGUAAUGUUAUGUGGGUGUUUUAACUGGAAAUCCAUUGUCUGGCUGUAUCCUGUAUUCUCCAACUCAUAGUAGUGAUGUAUAGUCUUUCAUAGACAUUUAUCAAUAACAGAGAGUAGGUCCCCGAGCUGAGGCUCAGGUCAAAACACAAGCUGGAAUAUAAUUUGUCAGAACACAGGGUGCAGGUAUGCAUGUAUGUGUGGGUGGGUUGGAGGGGGGUUGUACUCUCUGUCAUACUUUAAUGGUUUUAAUAUGUCCAUUUCAGACAUCAAUCUAAACCUGUGUAUCAGUGCCAGAACUUCAGCCUCCCCUCUGCGAAGAGCUAGUUUACUAUUUUUCCUGGGCUACAAUAAAUAUGUGGAAGUGCGGGCAAAUUGGGUACACGUGUAAAACUCUAAAAAUAAAAAAAGAUGGACAAGGGGAGAGAGGAGAGGAGAGGAGAGGGAGAGACAACCGGGAGCUUUCAGCAAGGAUGUACUUGGUUUAUUCUGCUGUUGGGCUGUUUAGCCAGACCCAAACAAAACGUUCCCGUCUGAAACAUAAUUUCACUACAUUGCAACAUAGCACUCCUUAAAUCACCCUGGCACAUGCAGGGACUUUGCUCUCUCUCUCUCUCUCUCUCUCUCUCUCUCUCUCUCUCUCUCUCUCUCUCUCUCUCUCUCUCUCUCUCUCUCUCUCUCUCUCUCUCUCUCUCUCUCUCUCUCUCUCUCUCUCUCUCUCUCUCUCUCUCACUCCUCUCUCUCCUCUCUCUCGCUCACCAGUGGCUAAGGACUUGUAAUUUACUGUUACACUACUGUUGCGUUGUUGAGUGAGGAUGUAGUGAGUUUCUUUUCGCUAUAAAGGGAAAGAUUUCCCUCUCUCAGGUCUUAGCUCUGUUGUGUUGAUGACAAGGUGUGUCCCUGCCUCUCCUGACUGCCAAGAUAAAUUAGCCCACCUCGGAAAAAACAUAUUUUCCCCUGUUCAGUAGGGAAAGGGUUAGGGACCUAUUAUCUGCAGCCCAAAUCACCAAGCGGAACGAAGCAGGAGUCACAUUUGGAGGCUCUGACUCAGUCGAUGUUAAAGUCUCGCCACGCUCGGAGACAGCUGAAAGACUUUAGUCUUUAGGAGUAUCCUCCCCCCAUUUCCCUAUAUAGUGCACUAUUUUUGACCAGAGCUCUAUCUGCCCUGGUAAAAGAAGUGGACUAUGUAGGGUAUAGGGUGCCAUUUGGGACACAGGCCAUGUUGAUGGAAUAACCAAGAGAGGUCUGGGCCAAUGGCUGCAGGUAAUAGACUCCUGAUUGCACUGACCUUUCCUGGCCAAUCACGUUAAGCGACAGUGAAAGGCAUCUGUUCUGGUUCCGAAGCCGGGCAGGCUCACAUGGCUGUAGCGACGGCCUACCUUGAUGUCGCCACAGCGACUAGGGGGGAGAGGAGAUGCCGGAGUGUGGAAAGGUAACUGCUGUCGUAUUUUUUAUCUCUCUUUCUCUGUCUCUCCACCACCUGUCUCUCUCUCGCUCUCUCUCUGGUCCUCUCAUCCUCUCUCCCUCUCCCCCCCCCCUCGCUCUUGCCUCCCUUCUCUUGUUCUCUCUCCCUCUCCCCCCGCUCUCAAAUCCCCCUCCCUCUCAUCUCUCUCCAGAUGUUUGUGAAGACGCUGUUUGACUACGAACCAGCGGAGGACAAAGCCAUCCCAUGUAAGGAGGCGGGCCUGACCUUCAAGAGGGGAGAUAUCCUUCAGAUCAUGAGCCAGGAUGAUGCAACCUGGUGGCAGGCCAAACAAGACAGCCAUGCCAACCCCCGCGCCGGCCUCAUACCCUCCAAACAGUUCCAGGAGAGGUGAGUGAGCUACCUAGACAGACACCCUAACUACCUACCCCCCCGUCCCCCUCUCCCUCCUGUCACCCUCUCCCUCAGCCUUGUCCCCUCCUAACUGUUUUAGGGCAUGUGAGCUACGGGUCAGGCAGCUCCUCUACACCCUCUAAACUAUGUCCUUCAUCUCCACCUCUCCCCUGUAACCCCCUGUCCUCCUCACCCCUGUCUGUCUGCCUGGCACCCCUAUUACAAGCCCAGCCCCCCCCUCUAAAUCCCUGUCUUCCUCUCCUCUCCACCUUUCCCCCUUGGCCCCUUUCCCCAUUUUUCAGCCAGAGGCCAGGGCAAGGCCUGUCUAUAUGCCUGUCUGUUUGCCACCCUCAUUACAAGCCCAGCCCAGCGCUAGUGUUUCACUGCCGUCACAAUGAAAGGAAUUACUAUUUAUUUCUCUCUCUUUACUUUCCCCUCCUUCCAUUCCUCCCUCCGUUUGACUUUUUCUUCCCUUUUUUUGCCUGGCCUCACACUGCCAAAAUACUUUGGAUUUCCGCGCACGUCUGGCCCGAAAUGAGUAAUGACAGAAAAUGAUAGCACUGGUACUGAUCCACUUUGGAAGGGGAGCGGAUGGAAAAUCGCACAGUGGUGUGCUUAUAUGGCUGCUGAUGUGCAACACAGGGCUGGAGGGCUGGGGCAGUUUCUUGGCGACCGACAAGCAGCUUUUUCAAUAGCAGGCAUUGUGUUUUUUGUACUUUCUUAUCCCACCUCUCUCUCUCCCUCUUUCUCUCUUCCUCCAUUUUUUCUCUCUCUUUUUCUCCCUCUCUCUCUCCUGCCUCUUCUUCCAUUUAUUUUUCUCUCUUUUUUUCGUCCUUAAGAAUGAACGUGAUGGAUAUUUAAGAAUAUUUCUGGGUAUCAUAGCAGAACGUGUUUAUUAAUCCCAGUGUGGCUGUGAAAGCUGAUGGUUUUAUUGUGCUUCUUCUUCCUCUCCUCUUCCAGGAGAUUUGCACUGCGUCGGCCCGCAGCCCAUGUUUUUCAGGCCCAGAAGAUCUCCAACAGAAGAUCA